AAUGCCUUUGGAAUAUAAUUUAUGUAUGUUUAAUUUAUGAUAACAGCAGUAUGUUGUAUGUACAGUUAUAAAAUAAUAUAAUUAAAAAAAAUAAUACAGUAUGAUUAAUGAAUCGUUUUAUAAAAAUGUAUUUUUACUUAUGCAAGUUGUACCUGCAUCCUAUGAGUGUACAAUACACUUUAAAAAGGGAAUGUUUGACAAACCAAAUACCACAGGUUUUAUUCACACUUCCCAUUAUCUCUUAUCUGUGCAUAAUGCAAAACGAUUUAAAAAAAUGGUUACAUGGCCAAUUCUUAACAAGAUGGAUGAGAAAAGAUACCGUAUGGAAAUAAGAGAAUAUUUUGCAGUUUUAGCAAAUGAGAAUCCAGAUAUAAAUUUUCCAUCAGUACUUAUGUCUCAUUUACUACAAGCAGGAGGAAAAAAGAUUUUAAUUCUUAUGUGGAAAAUAUCAGAAAUUAGCUUAAAAGCUUACAUUAGUAAAACAUGUCAAAUUGAAUUAUUACAAGCUCCUAAUAUUGGUGAUAGUAAGCACAUAGUUCAAAUAUAUUUUACCAUUAAAAAUAUAGAGAAGGAUAAUACUAUUUCUAAAUUUCAUGAAAACACAAAAUUAAGUUUGAAAUCCUUUGAACAGUACAUGCGGUGUAAUGCUAUUGAGUUAAUAAAAGUACAGACUGCCAUUUUUGAAGUAAAAAGUAACAUAGAGAAAUUAAUACCUAAGCUUCCAGUAAAUUCAUUAAUUGCAAAGCGAUUAAUAGAUAUUGAUGACACAGAAAUUAUAAAUUCAUGGAAGAGAAGUAUUGCUCAAAAUAUUAAAUUUUUAAACCAAAAAUAUUUGAAACUUAAAAAGCUAGAGACUUUUAGUAGCACAUUACAAAAUUUAAUUUCGAAUUUAUGUGUAAACUGCAUAUUCCUCGAUGGGAGAAAUUUUCAGAAAAUAAAUAGUGAAACACUUUUGUUGCAUUUAAGUAACAAUAUCCAGCUUGGUAAUGGAUUAUAUAUAAAAGGAUGCUUAGUAUUUAAAAUCCUAUUAUCAAUAUUUGAUCAAAUGCUAAAACAAAUAAAAUAUUAUUUAAAAAUGGAUAAGUCAUCAGAUUUAUUAAAUUGUGAUAAAGAAAUAAUACAGCAUUGUAAAACAGUUAAAUCUCUAGAAGAAUCAUUUGAAGAACUUAUAAAACAAGUUUCUAAUAAUUUAUACGAUGUACAACAUAGUUUACAAAAAAAAACUAUAAAUUAUACAUUAGAUGAAGAUAUAUUAAAUUUUAUGGGUUUAGACACAAUUUUAAAUUCACCAGAACUUAAUUUAUGUACUGAAUAUAUACGGGAAGAAAAGAUAGCAAAUCAAAUAUUGGUCUCUCCAAUAGAAGGGAAAUACAAAUACUUGUUUAAAAGACACAAAUGCAAUAUUCCGUUUGGAAGAUCAACAAGAUAUCAAGUUAAUGAUAGCCUAGAGAGUGUCACACCAAGCUGGGAAUCUCCACAAAAACAAUUAGUAUACAAAACAACCUCUGUUAAUAGACUCAAUGUUUCUCCAAAAUAUUCUAGAUUAUUUUCCACUAAUGAUAGAAAAAAAAAUUAUUUGAAAAAUAAUAAUGCAGCAUCUACUCCAAAUAGAAGCAUAGUACCAAAAAAAUCUAGUAUUCAAAUUCCAAACACACAAGAGAUAAAUAUAGAUACUGCAAUUAAAGAUAUUUUUGAUCUUUCUUGUAAAAUUGCGGAUGUUGUAGUUUCCAUGUCUAAAUCUUAAUUCAACUUACAAUUAG